UGUUGUUGUUGUGUGUAGAUGUGCUUGGCCUGCCGGAGGGGAGCAGCAGAAGACCGUGAAACUACAGUGGAGGGCAGCAGCAGAAGACCGUGAAACUACAGUGGAGGGCAGCAGCAGAAGACCGUGAAACUACAGUGGAGGGCAGCAGCAGAAGACCGUGAAACUACCGUGGAGGGCAGCAGCAGAAGACCGUGAAACUACAGUGGAGGGCAGCAGCAGAAGACCGUGAAACUACCGUGGAGGGCAGCAGCAGAAGACCGUGAAACUACCGUGGAGGGCAGCAGCAGAAGACCGUGAAACUACCGUGGAGUGCAGCAGCAGAAGACCGUGAAACUACAGUGGAGGGCAGCAGCAGAAGACCGUGAAACUACCGUGGAGGGCAGCAGCAGAAGACCGUGAAACUACCGUGGAGGGCAGCAGCAGAAGACCGUGAAACUACAGUGGAGGGCAGCAGCAGAAGACCGUGAAACUACCGUGGAGGGCAGCAGCAGAAGACCGUGAAACUACAGUGGAGGGCAGCAGCAGAAGACCGUGAAACUACCGUGGAGGGCAGCAGCAGAAGACCGUGAAACUACCGUGGAGGGCAGCAGCAGAAGACCGUGAAACUACAGUGGAGGGCAGCAGCAGAAGACCGUGAAACUACCGUGGAGGGCAGCAGCUAACCUUCUCAUGGCCUGCCAGUCUGUCUCCAUCAUCAACAUGGACGAGCAGGCCCUGCUGGGGCUCAACCCUAAUGCAGACGCCUGCUAUAGGCAGAAGGCGAUGGUGUAUUUUGAGCAGUUGAAGGAGUCCCAGGAUGCCUGGGAGGUGUGUGCAGAGGCCCUGGCUAAAGACAUUUACAGUGACGACCACGUGAAGUUCUUCUGUUUCCAAGUCCUGGAGCACCAGAUCAAAUACAGACAUGGAGGUCUCAGUCCUGCCCAGCAACAGCUGAUUAGAGAGUCCCUGAUGAAAUGGCUGCAGUGUCAGUUAAUGAACUCCCAACCAGAGAAGCCGUUUAUCCGUAACAAGGCAGCCCAGGUGUUUGCUCUGACCUUCGUGAUGGAGUACCUGACCCACUGGCCCAAGUUCUUCUAUGACCUGCUGUCUCUAGUGGGCCUGAACCCACACGGGGUCGACGUCUACCUCAGAACACUGAUGGCCAUCGACGCUGAGGUGGUGGACAGAGACAUCCUGCACUCCCCUGAGGAGGUACGUAGGAACACGUUAAUAAAGGACGGUAUGAGGGAGCAGGUCAUCCCCAGCCUGGUAGAGUCUUGGUACCAGAUCCUCGGGGCUUAUCAGCAGUCUCACCCUGAGAUCACCUGUCAAUGUCUGGAGGUGGUGGGGGCAUACGUCUCCUGGAUAGACCUCAACCUCAUCGCCAACGACAGGUUUAUAAACCUGCUGCUGAGUCAGAUGUCUGUGGAGGACCUGAGAGAGGAGGCGUGUGACUGUCUGUUUGAGAUUGUUAAUAAAGGCAUGGACCCGACAGACAAGACCAAACUGAUUGAGUCUCUCUGUCAGGUCCUGCAGUCGGCUGGCUUCUUCAAUGUGGACCAGGAGGAGGAUGUGGACUUCUUGGCUAAGUUCUCCAGACUGGUGAAUGGGAUGGGCCAGUCUCUGGUGCUGAGCUGGACCAAACUGGCCAAGGGGGGCGAGGUGAACGAUGCCGCCGAGGCCCUGCGAGCCCUGGAGGCCAAGGUUCCUCUGCUCCUCCAGCUGUUGGUCCACGACGAUGAUGACAUCUCCGCCAACAUCGUAGGCUUCUGCUACGACUACCUGAACGUACUCAAACAGUUUCCGCUGCUGACAGAUCAACAGAAGACUAACGUUGAGGUCAUCAUGUUGGCUGUCAUGAAGAAACUAACUUAUGAUGAAGAGUACAACUUUGACAACGAGGGGGAGGAUGAAGCGAUGUUUGUAGAGUACAGGAAACAGUUGAAGAUGCUGUUGGAUCGUCUGGCUCAGGUGUCUCCUGACCUGCUCCUGGAAGCUGUAGGCAGAGUCUUCAACACCACCGUACAACGGUGGCAGACGGCGUCCUUCAUGGAGGUCGAGGUGGCCAUCAGGCUGCUGUACAUGCUAGGAGAGGCUCUGCCUGCGUCUCACGGAGCUCACUUCUCUGGCGACACGGCCAAGACCUCCGCCCUGCAGGAUAUGAUGAGAACGCUGGUCUCCUCUGGUCUCAGUGGUUACCAACACACGUCCGUGUCGCUGGAGUUCUUUGAGACGGUGGUUCGUUACGACAAGUUCUUCCUGGUUGAACCGCAGCACAUUCCUAAUGUCCUGAUGGCCUUUCUGGACCAUCGAGGUCUGAGACACAGCAGUCCUAAGGUCCGCAGCAGAGUGGCCUACCUCUUCUCACGAUUCGUCAAGACACUGCAUAAACACAUGAACUCCUUCAUUGAAGACAUCCUGUCCAGGAUACAGGACCUGCUGGAGCUAGCUCCUCCUGAGAACGGUUUCCCGGCGCUGCUGACCAGCGAUGACCAGCUGUUUAUAUUUGAGACGGCGGGGGUGUUGAUCGUCCACGGAGAGAGUCCCGCCGAGAGGAAGCAGGCUCUGAUGAGAUCCCUGUUGACUCCGCUGACCGACGCCUUCCGUCUGCUGCUGGUCAAACUGGCGUCUGAGAGGGACGAGGAGAGGCGGGCCGCGCUGGCAGACUGUCUCAGUCACGCUGUUGGCUUCGCUAGUCGUACCAGUAAAGCGUUCAGCAACAAGCAGACAGUGAAGCAGUGUGGAUGUUCUGAGGUCUACAGAGACUGUCUGCAGACCUUCCUGCCUGCACUGAGCUGUCCUGUCCAGAGGGGGUCGCUGCGUAGCGCAGUCCGCUCCUUCCUCCACCGCAUGAUCAUCUGUCUCGAAGAAGAGGUCCUGCCCUUCGUCCCGGCGGCGUCGGAACACAUGCUGAAGGACUGUGAGGCCAAGGACCUGCAGGAGUUUAUACCCCUCAUCAGCCAGAUCACCGCCAAGUUCAAGGACCAGGUGUCUCCGUUCCUACAGCAGGUGUUCAUGCCUCUGGUCCUGGCCAUCUUUGAGGUGUUGUGUCGAGCUGCUGAGGACAACGACCAGACAGCAGCCCUGGAGAAACAGAUGUUACGGAGGAGUUACUUCACCUUCAUACAGACCAUAACCUCCAGUGGGAUGAACGAAGUCCUGGCCAACCAGGGUGCUGAGAACGUAGAGCGGGUUCUGUUCACCAUCAUCCAGGGAGCUGUAGACUUCCCCGACCCCAUCGCCCAGAAGAGCUGCUUCAUCAUCCUCUCCAAGCUGGUGGAACUCUGGGGCGGUAAAGACGGUAUGGCUGGGUUCCCAGACUUCAUCUAUAAACACAUCGUCCCAGCAUGCUUCCUGGCUCCUCUCAAACCAUCCUUUGAUCUCACAGACGCUCAGACCGUCCUGACGUUGUCAGAGUGUGCUCUCACCUUGAAAAUGAUUCAUCUCAGAAGAGGUCCGGAGUUUAUCCAGUACCUUCAGGAGUACCUCCCUUCUCUACAGGUGUCACCUGAAAUCACACAGGAAGUGUGUCAAGUGCUUCAGCAGCCAGACGCCAAGGUCUUCAAAAACUACAUGAAGGCUUUCUUUCAGCGAGCCAAACUGUAAAUACGAACUGGAAGGAUUGAGAGAGGACACUGGAAACUAAGAGAAGACUGGUAGUGAGAUAGUACCACGGACAGCCGGACAGAGAGACCUUAAAGACGGAGAGCUUAGCAUAGGAAGCGGCCUUAGCACUUCUGAAGGUAACUGCAUAACCCCGCCCAUCCUGUCCACGUGGGAGGGGGCGGAGCCAAGACACAAGGACACGAGUGGUCAAGGAGGCUUUCACUGGGGUGACCACACCCCCCUCCUCCUCCUCCACUGAUCCAGGCCCAAUCAAGGACGUGCUCUCCAUCUGGGGUGGCGCCCCUGGUCAAGUGAAGAUGUGAUUGGUUGGAUUCUCUGCAAGACAGGAAGUAAACUAGAGUAUAGAGGAAGGCUUAUGGAACGAGGUUUCCAUAGUAGAAUGUCAAGCCUGAAGCCUCUCUCUGUUGCUAAUGAUGCAACAAGGACCUGAACACAAUCUAACGAUUAGGAUUUAUUAGUUUAUAAAAAUGUGUUUUCAAGAUGUCUUUCAUUUGAGUGGUUGAACGUGGAGGUGUUUCUCUCUCUGCCCUGUGAAUGAAUUGAUGGACUCAAUAAAAAGGGCUGGCUUGACAUUUUUUUCUAGAUUUUUUCUGUUGUGGAGGAAAUGGGGACGGUUGAGGAAGGAUGUGUUUUAGUUUGAAGUGACAUAUAGGGCAGACCGCUGUAACGAUGUCCCUGGUUUAUUCUGCAUUUACUUUACCUUCUGUUCCAGUUGUACCCCUGUCCCUCUGAACGCUGUGAGGUACCCCUGUCCCUCUGAACGCUGUGAGGUACCCCUGUCCCUCAGAACGUUGUGAGGUACCCCUGUCCCUCUGAACGCUGUGAGGUACCCCUGUCCCUCUGAACGCUGUGAGGUACCCCUGUCCCUCUGAACGCUGUGAGGUACCCCUGUCCCUCUGAACGCUGUGAGGUACCCCUGUCCCUCUGAACGCUGUGAGGUACCCCUGUCCCUCUGAACGCUGUGAGGUACCCCUGUCCCUCUGAACGCUGUGAGGUACCCCUGUCCCUCUGAACGCUGUGAGGUACCCCUGUCCCUCUGAACGCUGUGAGGUACCCCUGUCCCUCAGAACGUUGUGAGGUACCCCUGUCCCUCUGAACGCUGUGAGGUACCCCUGUCCCUCUGAACGCUGUGAGGUACCCCUGUCCCUCUGAACGCUGUGAGGUACCCCUGUCCCUCUGAACGCUGUGAGGUACCCCUGUCCCUCUGAACGCUGUGAGGUACCCCUGUCCCUCUGAACGCUGUGAGGUACCCCUGUCCCUCUGAACGCUGUGAGGUACCCCUGUCCCUCUGAACGCUGUGAGGUUGUCCUGAACGUCAGGACCUAAAUUCCUAGUGUUUCAGUGCUGAUGGAGGAUGUAAUGAAUAAGAGGUCUGACUGCUUCUAGAUCAGAUAUGCUAUGUGAACACAAGCCCUGAACAAGGAUCUCCUCUACCCCCAGUCCCCUCAGAAAGAAUAGGACCUGCUCUGAACAAGGUUCUCCUCUACCCCCAGUCCCCUCAGAAAGAAUAGGACCUGCCCUGAACAAGGUUCUCCUCUACCCCCAGUCCCCUCAGAAAGAAUAGGACCUGCCCUGAACAAGGAUCUCCUCUACCCUCAGAAAGAAUAGGACCUGCCCUGAACAAGGAUCUCCUCUACCCCCAGUCCCCUCAGAAAGAAUAGGACCUGCCCUGAACAAGGUUCUCCUCUACCCUCAGUCCCCUCAGAAAGAAUAGGACCUGCCCUGAACAAGGUUCUCCUCUACCCCCAGUCCCCUCAGAAAGAAUAGGACCUGGUUUAACAAGGUUCUCCUCUACCCCCAGUCCCCUCAGAAAGAAUAGGACCUGCCCUGAACAAGGUUCUCCUCUACCCCCAGUCCCCUCAGAAAGAAUAGGACCUGGUUUAACAAGGUUCUCCUCUACCCCCAGUCCCCUCAGAAAGAAUAGGACCUGCUCUGAACAAGGAUCUCCUCUACCCCCAGUCCCCUCAGAAAGAAUAGGACCUGCCCUGAACAAGGUUCUCCUCUACCCCCAGUCCCCUCAGAAAGAAUAGGACCUGCUCUGAACAAGGUUCUCCUCUACCCCCAGUCCCCUCAGAAAGAAUAGGACCUGCCCUGAACAAGGUUCUCCUCUACCCUCAGAAAGAAUAGGACCUGUCCUGAACAAGGAUCUCCUCUACCCUCAGUCCCAUCAGAAAGAAUAGGACCUGCCCUGAACAAGGUUCUCCUCUACCCCCAGUCCCCUCAGAAAGAAUAGGACCUGGUUUAACAAGGAUCUCCUCUACCCCCAGAAAGAAUAGGACCUGCCCUGAACAAGGUUCUCCUCUACCCUCAGAAAGAAUAGGACCUGCUCUGAACAAGGUUCUCCUCUACCCCCAGUCCCCUCAGAAAGAAUAGGACCUGCCCUGAACAAGGUUCUCCUCUACCCCCAGUCCCCUCAGAAAGAAUAGGACCUGCCCUGAACAAGGAUCUCCUCUACCCUCAGAAAGAAUAGGACCUGCCCUGAACAAGGAUCUCCUCUACCCCCAGUCCCCUCAGAAAGAAUAGGACCUGCCCUGAACAAGGUUCUCCUCUACCCUCAGUCCCCUCAGAAAGAAUAGGACCUGCCCUGAACAAGGUUCUCCUCUACCCCCAGUCCCCUCAGAAAGAAUAGGACCUGGUUUAACAAGGUUCUCCUCUACCCCCAGUCCCCUCAGAAAGAAUAGGACCUGCCCUGAACAAGGUUCUCCUCUACCCCCAGUCCCCUCAGAAAGAAUAGGACCUGGUUUAACAAGGUUCUCCUCUACCCCCAGUCCCCUCAGAAAGAAUAGGACCUGCUCUGAACAAGGAUCUCCUCUACCCCCAGUCCCCUCAGAAAGAAUAGGACCUGCCCUGAACAAGGUUCUCCUCUACCCCCAGUCCCCUCAGAAAGAAUAGGACCUGCUCUGAACAAGGUUCUCCUCUACCCCCAGUCCCCUCAGAAAGAAUAGGACCUGCCCUGAACAAGGUUCUCCUCUACCCUCAGAAAGAAUAGGACCUGUCCUGAACAAGGAUCUCCUCUACCCUCAGUCCCAUCAGAAAGAAUAGGACCUGCCCUGAACAAGGUUCUCCUCUACCCCCAGUCCCCUCAGAAAGAAUAGGACCUGGUUUAACAAGGAUCUCCUCUACCCCCAGAAAGAAUAGGACCUGCCCUGAACAAGGUUCUCCUCUACCCUCAGAAAGAAUAGGACCUGCUCUGAACAAGGUUCUCCUCUACCCCCAGUCCCCUCAGAAAGAAUAGGACCUGCCCUGAACAAGGUUCUCCUCUACCCCCAGUCCCCUCAGAAAGAAUAGGACCUGCCCUGAACAAGGAUCUCCUCUACCCUCAGAAAGAAUAGGACCUGCCCUGAACAAGGAUCUCCUCUACCCCCAGUCCCCUCAGAAAGAAUAGGACCUGCCCUGAACAAGGUUCUCCUCUACCCUCAGUCCCCUCAGAAAGAAUAGGACCUGCCCUGAACAAGGUUCUCCUCUACCCCCAGUCCCCUCAGAAAGAAUAGGACCUGGUUUAACAAGGUUCUCCUCUACCCCCAGUCCCCUCAGAAAGAAUAGGACCUGCCCUGAACAAGGUUCUCCUCUACCCCCAGUCCCCUCAGAAAGAAUAGGACCUGGUUUAACAAGGUUCUCCUCUACCCCCAGUCCCCUCAGAAAGAAUAGGACCUGCUCUGAACAAGGAUCUCCUCUACCCCCAGUCCCCUCAGAAAGAAUAGGACCUGCCCUGAACAAGGUUCUCCUCUACCCCCAGUCCCCUCAGAAAGAAUAGGACCUGCUCUGAACAAGGUUCUCCUCUACCCCCAGUCCCCUCAGAAAGAAUAGGACCUGCCCUGAACAAGGUUCUCCUCUACCCUCAGAAAGAAUAGGACCUGUCCUGAACAAGGAUCUCCUCUACCCUCAGUCCCAUCAGAAAGAAUAGGACCUGCCCUGAACAAGGUUCUCCUCUACCCCCAGUCCCCUCAGAAAGAAUAGGACCUGGUUUAACAAGGAUCUCCUCUACCCCCAGAAAGAAUAGGACCUGCCCUGAACAAGGUUCUCCUCUACCCUCAGAAAGAAUAGGACCUGCUCUGAACAAGGUUCUCCUCUACCCCCAGUCCCCUCAGAAAGAAUAGGACCUGCCCUGAACAAGGUUCUCCUCUACCCCCAGUCCCCUCAGAAAGAAUAGGACCUGCCCUGAACAAGGAUCUCCUCUACCCUCAGAAAGAAUAGGACCUGCCCUGAACAAGGAUCUCCUCUACCCCCAGUCCCCUCAGAAAGAAUAGGACCUGCCCUGAACAAGGUUCUCCUCUACCCUCAGUCCCCUCAGAAAGAAUAGGACCUGCCCUGAACAAGGUUCUCCUCUACCCCCAGUCCCCUCAGAAAGAAUAGGACCUGGUUUAACAAGGUUCUCCUCUACCCCCAGUCCCCUCAGAAAGAAUAGGACCUGCCCUGAACAAGGUUCUCCUCUACCCCCAGUCCCCUCAGAAAGAAUAGGACCUGGUUUAACAAGGUUCUCCUCUACCCCCAGUCCCCUCAGAAAGAAUAGGACCUGCUCUGAACAAGGAUCUCCUCUACCCCCAGUCCCCUCAGAAAGAAUAGGACCUGCCCUGAACAAGGUUCUCCUCUACCCCCAGUCCCCUCAGAAAGAAUAGGACCUGCUCUGAACAAGGUUCUCCUCUACCCCCAGUCCCCUCAGAAAGAAUAGGACCUGCCCUGAACAAGGUUCUCCUCUACCCUCAGAAAGAAUAGGACCUGUCCUGAACAAGGAUCUCCUCUACCCUCAGUCCCAUCAGAAAGAAUAGGACCUGCCCUGAACAAGGUUCUCCUCUACCCCCAGUCCCCUCAGAAAGAAUAGGACCUGGUUUAACAAGGAUCUCCUCUACCCCCAGUCCCCUCAGAAAGAAUAGGACCUGCCCUGAACAAGGAUCUCCUCUACCCCCAGUCCCCUCAGAAAGAAUAGGACCUGCCCUGAACAAGGUUCUCCUCUACCCUCAGUCCCCUCAGAAAGAAUAGGACCUGCCCUGAACAAGGUUCUCCUCUACCCCCAGUCCCCUCAGAAAGAAUAGGACCUGGUUUAACAAGGUUCUCCUCUACCCCCAGUCCCCUCAGAAAGAAUAGGACCUGCCCUGAACAAGGUUCUCCUCUACCCCCAGUCCCCUCAGAAAGAAUAGGACCUGGUUUAACAAGGUUCUCCUCUACCCCCAGUCCCCUCAGAAAGAAUAGGACCUGCUCUGAACAAGGAUCUCCUCUACCCCCAGUCCCCUCAGAAAGAAUAGGACCUGCCCUGAACAAGGUUCUCCUCUACCCCCAGUCCCCUCAGAAAGAAUAGGACCUGCUCUGAACAAGGUUCUCCUCUACCCCCAGUCCCCUCAGAAAGAAUAGGACCUGCCCUGAACAAGGUUCUCCUCUACCCUCAGAAAGAAUAGGACCUGUCCUGAACAAGGAUCUCCUCUACCCUCAGUCCCAUCAGAAAGAAUAGGACCUGCCCUGAACAAGGUUCUCCUCUACCCCCAGUCCCCUCAGAAAGAAUAGGACCUGGUUUAACAAGGAUCUCCUCUACCCCCAGAAAGAAUAGGACCUGCCCUGAACAAGGUUCUCCUCUACCCUCAGAAAGAAUAGGACCUGCUCUGAACAAGGUUCUCCUCUACCCCCAGUCCCCUCAGAAAGAAUAGGACCUGCCCUGAACAAGGUUCUCCUCUACCCCCAGUCCCCUCAGAAAGAAUAGGACCUGCCCUGAACAAGGAUCUCCUCUACCCUCAGAAAGAAUAGGACCUGCCCUGAACAAGGAUCUCCUCUACCCCCAGUCCCCUCAGAAAGAAUAGGACCUGCCCUGAACAAGGUUCUCCUCUACCCUCAGUCCCCUCAGAAAGAAUAGGACCUGCCCUGAACAAGGUUCUCCUCUACCCCCAGUCCCCUCAGAAAGAAUAGGACCUGGUUUAACAAGGUUCUCCUCUACCCCCAGUCCCCUCAGAAAGAAUAGGACCUGCCCUGAACAAGGUUCUCCUCUACCCCCAGUCCCCUCAGAAAGAAUAGGACCUGGUUUAACAAGGUUCUCCUCUACCCCCAGUCCCCUCAGAAAGAAUAGGACCUGCUCUGAACAAGGAUCUCCUCUACCCCCAGUCCCCUCAGAAAGAAUAGGACCUGCCCUGAACAAGGUUCUCCUCUACCCCCAGUCCCCUCAGAAAGAAUAGGACCUGCUCUGAACAAGGUUCUCCUCUACCCCCAGUCCCCUCAGAAAGAAUAGGACCUGCCCUGAACAAGGUUCUCCUCUACCCUCAGAAAGAAUAGGACCUGUCCUGAACAAGGAUCUCCUCUACCCUCAGUCCCAUCAGAAAGAAUAGGACCUGCCCUGAACAAGGUUCUCCUCUACCCCCAGUCCCCUCAGAAAGAAUAGGACCUGGUUUAACAAGGAUCUCCUCUACCCCCAGUCCCCUCAGAAAGAAUAGGACCUGCCCUGAACAAGGUUCUCCUCUACCCCCAGUCCCCUCAGAAAGAAUAGGACCUGCCCUGAACAAGGAUCUCCUCUACCCUCAGAAAGAAUAGGACCUGGUUUAACAAGGAUCUCCUCUACCCCCAGUCCCCUCAGAAAGAAUAGGACCUGCCCUGAACAAGGUUAUCCUCUACCCCCAGUCCCCUCAGAAAGAAUAGGACCUGCUCUGAACAAGGUUCUCCUCUACCCCCAGUCCCCUCAGAAAGAAUAGGACCUGCCCUGAACAAGGAUCUCCUCUACCCCCAGUCCCCUCAGAAAGAAUAGGACCUGCCCUGAACAAGGAUCUCCUCUACCCUCAGAAAGAAUAGGACCUGCCCUGAACAAGGUUCUCCUCUACCCUCAGAAAGAAUAGGACCUGGUUUAACAAGGUUCUCCUCUACCCCCAGUCCCCUCAGAAAGAAUAGGACCUGCCCUGAACAAGGUUCUCCUCUACCCUCAGAAAGAAUAGGACCUGGUUUAACAAGGUUCUCCUCUACCCCCAGUCCCCUCAGAAAGAAUAGGACCUGCCCUGAACAAGGUUCUCCUCUACCCCCAGUCCCCUCAGAAAGAAUAGGACCUGGUUUAACAAGGUUCUCCUCUACCCCCAGUCCCCUCAGAAAGAAUAGGACCUGCUCUGAACAAGGAUCUCCUCUACCCCCAGUCCCCUCAGAAAGAAUAGGACCUGCCCUGAACAAGGUUCUCCUCUACCCUCAGAAAGAAUAGGACCUGGUUUAACAAGGUUCUCCUCUACCCCCAGUCCCCUCAGAAAGAAUAGGACCUGCCCUGAACAAGGUUCUCCUCUACCCCCAGUCCCCUCAGAAAGAAUAGGACCUGCUCUGAACAAGGAUCUCCUCUACCCCCAGUCCCCUCAGAAAGAAUAGGACCUGCCCUGAACAAGAUUCUCCUCUACACCCAGUCCCCUCAGAAAGAAUAGGACCUGGUUUAACAAGGUUCUCCUCUACCCCUAGUCCCCUCAGAAAGAAUAGGACCUGCUCUGAACAAGGUUCUCCUCUACCCUCAGUCCCCUCAGAAAGAAUAGGACCUGGUUUAACAAGGAUCUCCUCUACCCCCAGUCCCCUCAGAAAGAAUAGGACCUGCCCUGAACAAGGUUCUCCUCUACCCCCAGUCCCCUCAGAAAGAAUAGGACCUGCCCUGAACAAGGUUCUCCUCUACCCCCAGUCCCCUCAGAAAGAAUAGGACCUGCCCUGAACAAGGUUCUCCUCUACCCCCAGUCCCCUCAGAAAGAAUAGGACCUGGUUUAACAAACAUCUGUUUGUUCUCAGAUUUUUUUAGACCACAUGACAGGAACUGCAUCUCAGCUGUACUGUUGGUGGGGGGCGCUUAACAGAAGGUCCUUGGUCAACAUGUGUGCACUAUAUAGGGGGCCAUUUUGUGACCGAGCGAAGUCAUCCACUCUACCCUCAACUGGAGAAAUCUGGAGCAGACUGACUGGAGAAAUGUUUACCCCGGUGUUGGUUACGACACCGUCACUUUCAGAAGGACUUUACUAGCGAAUCAAAAUGUAAAUAUUACGUUUUUUAAAAGAAGGAAUGAUAUGUUGGGAUGUAAAUAAAUUAGUUUCAUGGUU